AUGAACGCUAAGCUAUCCGCCAAGCCCGAGCCGGCCAACAGCAUGAAGAAUAAGGCCAACGGGGCACGAUUCCUGGUCAGCGCCGCCGCCCUGAUGGUGAUCAUCGCCGGCCUCAAGGCGGCCGGCGAUCUGUUGUUGCCCAUGCUGGUGGCCCUCUUCCUAGCAAUCCUCAGCUCGCCGCUGCUGGCCUGGCUGAUGUCCCGACGGGUGCCAAAGCCCCUGGCGGUGCUGAUCGCAGUGCUGACCAACGUGGCGAUUCUAGUGGCGUUCGUGUUGCCGGUCGGUGGCUCUGUGAACGCAUUUACCGAGGCACUGCCGAAGUACCGCGAGCAACUACGUGUGCGCACUGCCGCCGCGGUCUCCUGGUUUGACGGCCACGGUCUCGACACCGGCCGACUCGAAGAAAUCGGAGUCGAUACCUCGACCUUGGUCGAUCAAGCGACCAACAUGAUGGUCGGCACGGCGGCGGACCUGAUCCGUGGGGUGGCUGCCCUGUUCACCAAUUCGCUGAUGGUUCUACUGCUGCUGGUCUUCAUGCUCUUCGAAGCCGCUAGCCUGCCGCGAAAGCUGGAGCGAGCCUUUGGCAUUCAAGACUUCCUAGGUCGCCUGUCGAAUGCGCGCCAGGAGAUUCAAAGGUACUUGCGGAUCAAGACCCUUAUGAGCCUGCUCACCGGUGUCUUGAUUACUACCUGGGUGUGGCUGUUGGGGGUCGAUUUUCCGCUGUUGUGGGGCCUGGUGGCUUUUCUGCUCAACUACAUUCCCACCCUGGGUUCGAUCCUCGCUUCGGUGCCGGCAGUGCUGAUCGCUCUGGUCGAGCUCGGGGUCGGGCGCGCGUUGCUGGUUGGCUUGGGCUAUCUGGUGGUCAACAUGGCGAUCGGCAACUUCGCCGAGCCGCAGCUGAUGGGGCGGAAAUUCGGUCUAUCGGCGCUGGUGGUCUUUCUCUCGCUGUUGUUCUGGGGUUGGGUGUGGGGCCCGUUGGGCAUGUUGCUGUCGGUACCGCUGACCAUGAUCCUCAAGAUCAUUCUCGAGAACACCCGCGAUUUCCGUUGGCUGGCGGAACUACUGGGGUCGAAUCCAAAAGUCCCGCAGUCAGCGGUGUCCGCACCGCUCGGCAAGAGGGCUUGA